UGGGUUACCGGACGUCCGUGAUGCUGCCAAUCCGUACCGUCUUCUUGGCCCUAUGCGCCUCUGUGGCUAUCGCCGCCCCCCUCGGCGGCGUUUGCCCCACCACUGGCGAUUGCCCGAAGUGCGGUGUUAGCACUGAGGAAUUAAAGCAGCUCGUCUGCGGUGCCAAAUCUUCCUUCGUUGUUGCCACUGGCGUUGCACAGGACGGCCAAUCAUGGAUGUCUCCUCGCCGUUGGCAGGAUAUUCUUGGAGCCGAUGGCAACCGCUAUGCUGUUCAGACAUAUCCCAUCGAUGAGCGUCAUUGGGAGCCUAAGAACGGCGAAUGUAGGAACUACUUCGUGAAACCUGUCUAUGACAUAACGCGUGGCCAGAAAGCUCAAGCCAUCAACACUCCUUCAGUUACUGGCCUGUAUAUUAAUAUGGAAUGCCGCUGCCCGGAGCUUAUCCGUGGUGCUGGAUACGCUGUUAUUGUCUUCAAGGACCACAAGAUUCAUCACCUCGAUGAGCUCUUGCAGGCUUCCCUUGAUAAUCAGGUCACCGUGGCUCCCUUGUCCCAAGGCGAAUGGAUUAUUCCCUCUUGCGAUGAAGAUUUCGAUGCCUCCGGCAUUGAUCAGGAGAAGCUUCCUUCAGCCUUCAUAAACGAUGAGACAGAGAAAGAGUGCUCUGAAAGGACUAUCACCUGCCCCAAGUGCGAUAUCAUUAGUUCCACAGACCAGCUCGAAGGUAUUUGCCAGUCUCAGCAAGCUGUGCUCGUUAAACGCAUCAUGGACGAUGUUACCCCCGCUGAGCAGGCUGCUCCUUGGAAUAUGCCCAAGAUUUCUAUUUAUGUGGCAAAGGAUAACGCAAAGGCGGACUCUCAGCAGCUUCACAUCAAGAUAGUUGCCCGUGAAAAAAAUUCCUGUAUUGGCGGCAAGUUCCGCAUCCUCAAUGCUUUCACUCCCGACUUCGAUGACAACCGCAAUCAAAGCUUCCAGCUCGGCCAAGACUGUGAAUGUGACUACCUUCGUCACCAUACCGGUUUUGCUCUUUUACAGUCUGAGCGCAAACUCUCUGAGGAAGGGAUACUUUCCGAAAACGAAAAGAUACUCAUAAUUCCUGAAGGCCAGUACGUUAUUCCCUACUGUCAACAAGAGCAGGCUGAAGAGCGUUCCGUGAGUGAAGAUGACGAUGAUGAGCAAAAAGCUGAAUGCGAUGAGCUUGAGGAGAGCUGCCCCGUAUGUGACGAGAUCACCCCCAAGAUCCAGGAGGCCGUUCAGAGCAUAGGCACCUAUGUCGUUAAGAUGCAAACCAACCGUCACCUUAAGCCAUCUAAAAAAAGCGAAGACGCCAAGUGCGGCGCUGUUCAUCUUAUUUCUAUCUUCAAAGGAGAUAACGAGAAAGUUGAGCCUGAGCUUCCCUUCACUCUUCCUGAGAAAUGCCGUUGCGAUGCUAUGUCUGCUUAUGGCCGUCAGUUUUACGCUGUUAUCAAGAAGGAUGCCUUUGGCGGUGAGCGUCUUGAGAAGCUUCCCCUUAAUGAAAACGUCUACAUUAUCAGCUACAACUACCGUUCUUACAGCUUAAUCCAGAGGUGGAUAGACUCUAGGGAGGAAAAUUAUGUCAACGACCGUAUUGAUAACGAUGGGUACAACUCCAUGGCCCUUCAGGAAUUUGGUGGUAUCGGACCAUCUUACGGUCCUCCUCCCAGUUCUAAGCCUUAUGCUGCGCCUCAGCAGCGUAUGGGUGGUUACGGUCAGUUCCAGCGCGGCUAUGGUGGGCAGGUUAGCCAUGGAGGUCAGUCUCAAGGUGGUUACGGCAGUCAACUCCAGAGUAGAGGAGAAGCUCCCGUAAGCUAUCAGCCUCUUUACUCGUCUCAGCAAGGCUCACAAGGAGGCUACAUGCAGUCUGCCUUGCCACAGUAUUCCAACUACGGAAUGUACGUUCCUAUUGAAUAUGAACCUACUUACGCCCCUCCGACCUCUCCCAGACAGAGCCUUGUUAGCAUAAAAGUAAAGAACGUGGCUGACUUCAGUGAGACUUACGGUGCUCCCUCGUAUACUCGCAGGCCUCCAAGCGGUUCGGAAAACCAAUCUUCUUCCGGAAGCUAUAGAGGCCAGUCUAUGCCACAGGGUGGCUACCGUGGCCAAAUUUUCGGUGGUGAAAGUUACCCUGCAUCUCCUCCUUCGCCUUCUUACCACACACCCCCUUCUGCUCCUCCCGCACCUUCCUACCAGCCACCCUCUCUUGCGCCUUUUUACCAGCCAUCUUCUCCCACGCCUUCUUACCAGCCAUCUUCUGCCGCAUCUUUGUACCAAGCACCUGCUCCGGCUUCUCCUGCGCCUUCUCACCAGCCACCCACCUCUGCUCCUCCUAUGACUUCUUACCAGCCGCUCUUCCCUACGUCUUCUUACCAGGUACCCGCCCCUGCUUUUCCAACGCCUUCUUACCAGCCACCCCCUUCUGCUUCUCCUGCGCCUUCUUACCAGCCACUUUCUCCUGUGCCUUCUUACCAGCCAUCCUCUUCCGCGCCUUCUUACCAGCCACACUCGCCUGUGCCUUCUUACCAGCCAUCCUCUUCCGCGCCUUCUUACCCGCCACCCCCUCCUGCGCCUUCUUACCAGCCAUCCCCCCCUGCGCCUUCCUACCAGCCACCCCCUUCUGCGCCUUCUUACCAGCCACCUCAUUCUGAGCCUGCUUUCCAGCCACUCCUUUCUGAACCUUCCUACCAGCCACCCCCUCUUGAAGCUUCUUACCAGCUUGCUCCUACUGAGGCUUCUUACCAACCACUCACUCACGUUCCUUCUUAUCAACCAGCCCCCGCGGAGUCUUCUUAUCAGCCGCCUCAUUCUGAGCCUUCUUACCAGCCACCUUCUUCUGAGCCUUCUUACCAGUCACCCUCUCCUGUUCCUUCCUAUCAGCCACCCUCUCCUGUACCUUCUUACCAGCCACAUCCUCCUGCUCCUUCUUACCAGGCAUCUCCUUCUACUCUUUCUUACCAACCACCUGCCCCUGUUCCUCCGACGCCUUCGUAUCAGCCAUCUUCCCCUGCUUCUUCUUACCAGCCACCUGUCCCUGUUCCUCCGACGCCUUUUUUCCCGCCACCCACACUUGCUUCUUCUGCACCUUCUUACCAGUCACCCACCCCUGCUCCUGCUUCCUCUUACCAGCCUUACCCUUCUGCGUUUUUUUACCAGCCACCCGCUCCUGAGUCUUCUUACCAGCCAUCCCUUCCUGCUUCUUCCUUCCAGUCACACUCCCUUGCGUCUCCUUACCAGUCACGUUUUUCUGCACCUUCGUACCAACCACCCUCUUCUGGUCCUUCAUACCAGCCACUCCCUUCUGCUUCUCCCGUGUCUUCUUACCAGCCAUCCAUUCUUACUCCUCCUGCUCCUUACCAGCUACCCUCUUUUACUCCUUCUGCACUUUCUUACCAGCCAUCCCCCCCUGCUCCUCCUCCGCCUUCUUAUCAAGCAUUCUCCCCAACUCCUCUUGUGCCUGCUUACCAGGCACCCCCGCCUGCUCCUCCUGCACCAUCUUAUCCGACACCCCCCCUUGCUUCUGCUGAAUCUUCUUAUCAAACUCCCGCUCCUGCUCCUGAAGAGAAGGAGUAUGGUGGCUCCGCUCUCGCGCCGAUGGAAUCAUCUUCUUACGGACCUCAGCAGCAGGGUGGCUACUCCAGCGCACCCUCUGGAGGUUCAUAUGGCCAACCGCCAGCCGAUAAUGCCGUAACUUCGAUUGCUGUGUCCUACUCGAUGCCGAUCACCAUUCCGAUUGUAAGCGCCAAGGCCUCCGCUUCAAAGAUCGGCGGGCACGGCUCAAGUGACAGCGAGUACGGUAGCGGCGUCAAUGAUGCUGGCUACGGCAAGACCUCGGGUACUCACGUUGUUGAGACGAAGGUGGAAGCUAUCUAUACUACCAUCGUAGGUAUUCAACCUGCAGAACAGGCUCCUUCUGCCGCCCCCUCUCUUGGAGGUUCUGGUGGUCAGGGCCAAGACUAGUCUCAAUGUGGUCAGAUUUACGGCCAACCGCAGAGUGUGUUUCAGAGUGGUCAAAGUUAUGUUCAACCCAAAAUGGUCAAAGCAAUGGACCGUUGCAGGGUAUGUCUCAAGGGUGUCAGAAGAACUAAAUAAAAGUGUUGAUUAAUCAACUUAAAUUGACAGCUCAUCUUUUGUUGCCGUGUAAUAGGUGAGCAGGUACCAAUUAUGUUUUAUUAAUCAGGGUGUAUUUAAUAUUAUUUUAUGUAUGAAAUCUUUGAUUUACGUUCAGCAUAAAUGUGGAGGUACCAUGAGUAUAUACAUUGAUCUUUUCUUUACGUUAUUAUAUAAAUUAACGCCUGUACUUAACCUCACACUUUUAAGCAACUAAUAUUUCAAUCGAUUAAUAGCUAAAGUUCGGGCCUUCCACCCUUGAUACACGCUCUACAGCUUAAUGACAGUUGAGGUGUGCUAUUUUGCAAAAUUACACAUAAAUAUCAUCAGAGAUUCAUUGGGAGCAGAUCACUCAACAAUCUAUGACAAUGUGAGGUUCUAUUCUCAACAGUGAUGAAGUACCUGUUCACUAGCACAGCAUAUACCAACAUGCAUACUUACUUAAAAGGUUUAGAGAAGAAGAAGUUGAUAGAAAUUAUUCAUGAAAGCAUCAUACAUAAGAGUCCUUAACGUUUGAUAAUGGUCAUAAUAUUAAAUGUUGCUUGAGGCCUACAAUAGAUCCGCAUUUGAAUAAUAAUGCUACAAAAAUAUUCAAGAAAACUCCAGAGAUCCAAAUACUUAAAAUUCAUUCAAACUUAAAAAAAAAACAUUAGAAUAUCAAUUAUUUGGAAACAUUAACUAUUUUCUUAGCCAAUUGAACUAAAUACGUUAGAUAAAUAUUUUAGC